AUGAAAGUACAUGGAAAAAAAAGAACAGUACUUUUCCAAGCAGCUUACUGACACUUCCAACAACCAAACUACAUCUUCCUUUCUUGUGUAGAUCAUCUCACCCCUCAUUCACUCUCUUCUUCGGCCCAUCCCAAUUCGUCUCUCUUGUUCGGUUUCUUCUAAAAUUUUCGGUUUUGAAACUGUACCCAACCGUGUGUAAAUUUUCUGUUCGGCUCACGGUUUCAGGGGUCCAGCAUUCUUUUCCAUCUCCGAUGGCAAAACCAGGCUCAGUCAAAGUUAUUGAGGCUCGUAGAGUAGCUCCCAAACCAAGCUCGCUGCCGGACUCCGCCCACCCGGAUGAUGUGUCUCUUCCUCUAACAUUCUUUGACCUCCGCUGGCUAAGGUUCCCACCGCCUCAAUUCCUUUCCUUCUACAACUUGCCUUCUUUCGACCCAUCACACUUCUUCGAUUCCAUACUUCCGAAACUUAAAACCUCGCUUUCUGCCACCCUCCAACACUUUGUACCUCUAGCAGGAAACCUCACCUGGCCUCUAGACUCCCCCAUGCCCCUUCUCAAUUAUGUCAAAGGCGACGCAAUUUUGGUCACAAUCGCCGAGUCUGAUACUGAUUUCCACCGUCUAAUUUCAACCAACAACUUUGACAUUGAAGCCAAAGAAUACCAUCCUCUUGUACCCCAAUUGGCAGUGUCUCAUGACAAAGCUGCUGUGCUGGCAUUGCAAAUAACCGUCUUUCCCAAUGGCGGUUUUUCGAUUGGAUCAGCCAUGCACAAGGCCGUCUUUGAUGGCUUAUCUGCUUUCUCGUUUUUCAAAUUUUGGGGUCACUUAUGCAAACAUGGAGGAAGAGAAGGAGGAGGACCGCCACCCUUGCCAACUUACAACAGAAAGGUCAUUAAGGACCCUGCCGGGCUCCAAGCAAUCUUCUCAAACGAGUGGUUAAGACUUGGUGGUCCAAACAAUAGAAGCUUAAUGCUUUUGGAGGUUGGAGGUCCAGGAGACGGAAUUCGAGGCACCUUCGAGUUCACACGAGCGAAAAUCGAAAUGUUAAGGCGGUCAGUGAUGAGGACUAUGAUGGCAAAGAAGAAGGAACAAGCUGAUCACUCAAAACUAUUGCAUUUGUCGACAUAUAUGCUAACAUGCGCCUAUACAUGGGUUUGCUUAGUCAGGGCUGAAGAGAUCAAGACAGAGAAAGUAGUAUUCAUCCUUCACGUGGACUGCCGGUCGCGCUUAGACCCUCCUCUACCACCAACCUAUUUCGGGAAUUGCAUCGCAGGACAUGGAGUAGUUGCGAAAACAAAAGACCUACAGGGAGAAGAUGGACUGUUAGUGGCCUUGAAUGCAAUUAGUGAAGUUAUAAAAAGUUUGGACAAGACCCUUUUCGAGGGUGCAGAGACUUGGGUCUCAAGAAUCUUGAAUACACUACUGCAGCCUAGUACUGAUAGAACAAUUACCACCGCCGGUUCACCCCGGUUUGAUUUUUACGAUGCGGCGGAUUUCGGAUGGGGGAGACCGACGAAGCACGAGAUAGUUUCGAUAGAUGGAACAGGGGCGAUAUCUUAUCAAAAGAGCAAGAAUGGCGAUGGUGCAGUUGAGGUUGGGUUGGUUUUGGAAAAACGUUACAUGGAGGCUUUUGCUUAUCUAUUUGCUGAAGGUCUUGAAGAAAAGUUAAGCCGUAUGUAGUAGAGCAUACUACUAAAGCUUUGUGUGUCGUGCUGUGAUUUUUCUCGGUUUAUUUUUUGUGAUUUGUAGAUUAAUAAAAAUGGUUUUCGAUUUCAUUUGUCA